AUGGUACUGCUCCAUCACCAAUCCAUCAGCUCCACAUCAAGUGGAAGCCUGCUCGAAAGGGCCGAUUUGAGUCAUCCGAUCCCCGAGAAUGCACGCAAACUGGCUCCGUUGGUCGAGUACGACGAGAGCCGAGUGGAGCUCGGGGUAUGAAAACACCUUGUAAAAAACAACUUCAAUAGCACAGUUUCAUUUGCAGUCUCAUUCUGUGUUCGUCCGUGAAGCACGGCCUCCCGGAGCCCAUUAUGCCAAAGCUACCGUAAUCUUUUUGCACGGACAGAGCUUCUCCUCGGCCACGUGGACAGAGAACAACGUGCUCCGGUGAGCAAUCCGAUGCUCUCUUCAGUUGUUCACUGACAAAGAUCUUCCAGAACGUUCGCGGCUCUCGGAUUCCGGGCAAUUGCCAUCGACCUGCCGGGCUCCGGACAAACAAGAGGAUCGGCCCUUUCGCAGACAUCCAAACCGACGUUCCUGAUGGAUUUCAUAGAAACUCUCGGCCUGAAGCAAGUGAUGAUCGUGUGCGCAUCGAUGGCUUCCCAGUACGUACUUCCGCUGAUGACUUCCAACCGACACGUGAGUCCGCCUCUUCCGGACUCUUCUGAAUUCCUCCGUUUCAGCUGUCGUGUGUCGUCGCCGUAGCCCCGUCGAACACUCACGAAGUGGUCAAUCCCUCCGCCUACAUCGUGCCCACCCUCGUCCUUUGGGGAGACCGCGACACCUCGCUCGGUCCGACCGCCGCCGCCAACCUCAAGAACCUUCCGAACGUGAAGCUGCAGAAGAUCCCGGACGCCGGCCACGCCUGUUAUCUCCACAAUCCCAAGUGCUUCGAGAAUCUCUGCGUCAACUUUUUUGAUCUGAUCCGCAGUUAUCACUGA